AUGUCUGAUAACUCAAUGAAUGAUGUCUUUAGUCCUUCACCUCUGCCCGUUGAACUUUCCCUUAUUCAAGUGGUGGGUAUAACACAAGUUGGUAGUUUUAUUGAAGCAGCUAGUGGAUUUUUUGAGUUGGUUUGGGCACAUAGGAUUGCCCAAGAAGUUUCAAAGUUCAAAAAUCAGACUGAUCAUUAUUUCAGAAUACCUUUCAAUGAAAGUACGCAAGAAGCCAUGUCGAGAGCCGACCCUUACCGAUAUGCGAACAUUCAAGCUGGAGUCAUCCUAGAAAAGAUUGCGGGACCUUUCUCGAAUGGCCGUCUAGAGCUCCAAAAUAGGGAUCCCAAUGACAACCCAAGAUCCACAUUCAACUACUUCAAAUAUCCAAGAGACCUUCAAAGAUGUGUUCAAGGCUCGGAAAUAGUUAGAAAAGUUGUGAAAUUGAGAUCUCUCUCAACUUUUCGUUAUCCCUUUGCAAUCAUGCAAACUCUGAUGAACAUGACGUUGACUUCUCCAGUUAACCUAAGGCCUAAACAUGUGAGACCAACUUAUUCCAUGGAACAAUUUUGUGUCGACACUGUAAUGACUAUAAGCCCGGGAACUAACCCUCAAGCUACUGUUAUGAUGCUUGGGAGGUAUAUGGGACUAAGAAUACUGCAGGAAAGAAAUCCCCACUGA